UCAAGAAUCAAGGAAGUUGGAGGCAAGCUUGUUGAAUGGAAUAGUGCUAUCACGAGUGCACCCAUUUACCAAAGAACUAGUCAGACUCUGAAGACAGCGACUGAAAGAACGUCAUCUGUUCUUGGGUCUUUAGGUGCCAGCAUGACUAAAAAGUUGGGAGAAGUGAAAAAUUCAUCUACUUUCCGUUCAUUUGAAGAAAGAAUGGGGUCUGCCUAUACGAAUGUUCGAUCUCGUAUGGGGACACCUCGGAGCACCAGUCUGUACAACUUUGAAGAUGCAGUAAAUGCCUCAGAGAGGCGAGGCACUGCCUCAUCGGCUAGCACUCCAAUAAUUCCAGAGAAGAGUCCUAUCCCAUAAAUCUAUUUUUGCUCUUGUUGUAUAUAAACGUAGAAUCAUCUGUAGUUUCAAUUUCUGCCAUAUUUUAUUUAUAAUUUGGUAAAUUUGAUUUAAUCAUGUUAUGUUUGUGUUUAUGUUUUAAAACUGUUGAAAAUAAAAAUUAAUGCUAUUAAUCAGUGGUGCCAUAACACAAAAAAAAAAAAAUUGCAUACUACAUUUAUAUGUAUGAAAACAUAUGGGGGAAAAUAAGCUAUUAUGCUGAAACAUUCUUUUAUUACACAUGGUUUAUAUAAAAUGUAUAAAUUUUUGUGGUUUGUUUUUAAAUUGUAGCUAAUUAUUUUAUUCUAUGGGGUUUCACAAUUCUUUUUUAUUGCUAUGAAAUACCUACAUUGCAUUCUGUCUAUUUCUGAUAUAUACUUACUAAAUAUAGGGCUAAUUAAUAUAUAUAUAUGUAAUACAGAGUUUCAUAAAAUGCAAAGUGGUUUCAUUCACUCUAAUCUACUUGCACUUUGAAUCAGUAAUAGUUCAUCAGUUCAUAAGUAGACUUUUACUAUCUUUAGAAUUCUUAUGUUUGUCAAAAAUGAUAUGCUGAUUUGUUCUAUUUCUUUAUGUAUUGCAUUGUGAUAACUGAUUGAACCAUAGUUUGUUAAUGUCAGGAAAUAUCUGAGAAUCGUAAAAAUUGAUGAAUACCUUAAAUGUAAAAUAAAUCAUCUACAUUCUUAUUGUACUUUUCUGAGUUUAGUUUGUUAUCGCAUAAAGUGGAUCCAGAAAUUUUAAUGGAGACUAGUCUAGUUUAAGGUAGAAGCUAAACAGAAUGCUGUAAUAAGAUACUGAAUUAUAUUGCUCAAGACCUUUCUUAGAAUUUCAGCAUUGUGAGUAAGAAUUUGUUCAAACAUAAAUUGCAUGAAAUAUAAGUAGGCUUGAAUAAUAAAUAUGUAAGAAAAAUGGAAGCAUUCUGUGAGAUUUGUUGUAUUUAUUUAACAUAAUGCAAAAUCUUUUAACUAAUCAUAAAAUUCAGUAGUAGGGAAAAAUUAUUGAUUAUAAUGAAAAAUAUUUCUGUUUGCUUACAGAUAUAUAUAGUAAAGCACAUUUUGAGGCGAUUGGUAGUUCUUUUCAGAAUGUAUAAUUUAGAACACUUUGAUGUUAUAUAUUUUGUACUGUAAAUUUUGUAGUUUGUUAUUGAAGUAUAAACAUUUGUGAGUUAAAUAUGUAUACCAGCAAAAUAAACAAAUUUUCACUGUCUUUUGAUUUCUAAAAUUUGAGUAAUUCAGAUGCUUCUGUACUUUGUUGUUAAUUUCUCUCUUCUGUGACAUUUCAGUUGUCUAAUCAUGUGCCAAUAAUUAUUAUUUUAGAAAAUUGUUUAUAAUGUAAUAAAGUAAUCAGCAUUAUGCAUUACUGCCAUAAAAUUUUAAUUUGAAAUAAAAUGAGAUUUCUAAUUUUUAUUUCAAAAACGUUAUAAAGUUUUUUAAAAUCUAGAAUCAUUUGGAGAGUAGCUAGCUAUAUUUGGUAUUGAUUCAUACACAUCACUGCAUCUCUGUAAUCUUGCAUUUCAAGAUGAAAAUUGUAUUAAAAAUGUUGGUGGAUUAUAAAUAUUAACAACUUUACAGUGAUGUUAAAAAUAAAUGUUUUGUAUUUCAUUAAAACAAA